AUGAAAUUCCCACACUACACUUUCAAGGGCCAAUCUCUCUUGAUUAAAGCCCUGAUCUUGAUACUUCUAAGUUCAGCUCAUGCAUUAUUACUUCAACGUGGGAUAAGCCUAUCAGAUUAUCCAGGAUACUAUUGUAAAACUAGAAUAGUAUCAUUCAGUCAAGUUGAAAAGACUCUUGAAGCAGCAUGCAAUGGGUUCAUAUCAACGAGGAAUGAUGCGAGACGGCCUCUAGUUUUCAUUGAUGAUGAGGAGGUCGAAAAUUUAAUAUUUGAAUGGAUCAUUCCUUUAAUAGAUACCAAACCUUCAACCGGAGAAAAACGGAAAUUUAUAGAGAAAAUCAUUUUUAAUAAUAGCUGUGAGCUGACAGAUGUGGUUUAUUAUGACCAUAUAGAAAAAAAACACAAGUCUUGUCAAUUAGUACCCGAGGUCUCAACAAGUACAACUCCUGAGAAGAGGCUAGAUCCCGAUAAGUCUCUCAUCAGAUGUGGAUCCUUAUCGUGGGACAUUGUAAGUAUCCAACACGACGCCUUCCGCUACCUCUCCUAUUCCCUGCAAGAGUUUGUUCAUGUGCAGUCAACAUUCGGUCUAGUUGAUGGUCCAUGGAGGAGGGCCCCAAUGAAAAAAAUGAUGACACAAAACAAAAGAUCGCAUAAUGUAUCCUACCAAAUUGUGAUAAACAAACAUAUUGAAGUUUGUGGCUUUGUUGUCAGGCACCAUAUUAUACGAAAAGUACACGUCGCCGUUAAACCUGACGAAGGCAAAAAGAAACGGUUAUCUUCAAAAACUAUUCAGGAAAAGCAGAGUAUUUCAAUAGUAUGCUUUACUGACCAGAAGUUCUUGCUUAUUCCUCCAAAUUGGAAAUCAGAGGACUUCAAUCCUCUCAAGCGUAAGACUCUCGCAUAG